CUUGGGGUGGGGGCGGGGAACCGGGUGGAGAGAAACCAUCUGCCAGUGGAGACCCAGUGAACUUGGCUAUGGGGAAGAAGCUGGUGAUGGCCCAGAAGCGCGGAGAGACGCGAGCCCUCUGCCUGGGGGUGACAAUGGUAGUGUGUGCUGCCAUCACCUACUAUAUCCUGGGUACCACGGUGCUGCCUCUCUACCAGAAAAGUGUGUGGACCCAAGAGUCUACCUGUCACCUGAUUGAAGCCAACGUCAAGGACCACGAGGAGCUGGAGGGCAAGAAGGUGCCCCGGUACCCAUGCCUUUGGGUCAAUGUAUCAGUUGUGGGCCAGUGGGCCAUGUUGUAUCACACAGAGGACACUCAGGACCAAAACCAACAGUGCUCCUAUAUCCCUAGCAACCUGGACAACUACCAGAUGGCCCUGGCUGAUGUGGAGAAGGUCAGAGCCAAUUUCCACGAGCACCAGGCUUUCUACUGCUUCUCUGCACCUCAAGUCGAGACCAGCGUUGUGUAUCGGCGCCUCUAUGGGCCCCAAACCCUGCUCUUCUCCUUCUUCUGGCCCACCUUCCUGCUGACUGGUGGCCUCCUCAUAAUCGCCAUGGUGAAACUCAACAGGUCCCUCUCCAUCUUGGCUGCUCAGAGGUAGACCAAUCCAGUCUGUGCCACAGUGCCAGAAGUCACCAGGGACAGCAGGGGUCAUGGGCAGGGCUGCUCAUCACUCUCUUCCUCUUGUCUCCUCUUUUGUUUGUUUGAUGUCUUUGGGAAGUCCGAAGCCAUUGGAGGACAAAGGGACAGCCAGUUACAAUUCCCCUCUCCCUGUCCUCAAUUAGUUCAUGUCUGUUACCUGCUAGGCCACUAUUCACCCCCCAGAGGGUGAAUAGUGUCGCCUCUGUUCCUAAGUUCUCUCUUAGUUCAAACGCCUGCCUAUCACACCCAGAAUGUUGUCCUUGGCCAAAUCUUCUUUAAGGUGUCACCAAAACAGGACCUCUAAUUUAUAGGGCAACUCAAUGUACUGCUUUUUGUCAAGGACAUUAAGCCACACACAAAUUAUUCUAAAAUUCAAAAUGACUGCUGUCCUUUUAUAUCUACAGGGACUAGUUCUGAGACUCCCUCAGACGCCAAAAUCCCCUUAUAUAAUGUGGUGCAGUGUGUGUGUGUGUGUGUGUAACCUCUGCACACCUUCCUCGUGUCUCAUAUCUUCUCCGGAUGACUUAUAACACCCACACCAAUGAUAAUGCCGCAAAUGGUUUUCAUUCUCUAUUGUUCAGGGAAUAAUGAUGAGGAAGUGUCCAUCCAUGUUCACUACAGAUGCAAUUUCCCCCCAAAUACUUUCAAUCUGCAGUUGAUUGAAUCCAAUGGGGCAGAACCUGCUGAUACAGGGUCCAAGAAUAUUCAUUCACACAACAACACAGUCUGCGAGGAAAUAAACACAAACACAUCAAUAUUAACUGCGGCGUGGUGGCUGAUUUUAAUUUUCUUCCUUACCUCCACCCAUUUUUGUUAUUUUCACUUUUGAGUAAUAGGAAGAUCAUAUGCUGUUUUGUUUAUUUUAAUCGGAAGAGAAAUACAGAACUCCUAUUUUGGAGAAUGUUGGAAGGG